AUGAUCAAGGUGAUGAUCGACCUCGUGAAUCAGUCGCUCGGCCAGGCCGUUUGCCGCAUCUGCAUGUGCAGCGAGCUUUCCGUGCCUUAUUUGGGAAAUUCGGUGGGCGAGCCGUUAAUUUCCCCUUGCAACUGCAAGUAAGUCCUGUAGCAUUGAUGAUUUUCCUUUCAUGAUAUUUUAAGAGGCACGAUGGGCCUCUACCAUCGUAGUUGCCUCGAGCACUGGCUGUCCACUUCUAGAACCACGCGGUGCGAAAUCUGCAAGUUCCAGUUCGAAUUAGGACGGUUUUUUUAUGCGUUGGAAGGUCCCAUAGACUCAAAAAAGAAUGUUUCAGAAAGCUGAGGUCUUUCUACUCUUACUUGAAGCUGUACGGGAUGAAGAGGAGAAAAGGAGAACGAGGAUUUGCCGUCGAAGCCGUCUACAUGCUUAUCUUGACUGUUUUUAUUGUAGCUGUUCUAGCUUUUUGCAUCGCUUGUAUUGUCGACGCCUGGAGAAGGUUUUUUUUUUCUUGACAAAAAAAACAAAAUUACCGUCAAAAAAGCUUAAAUAAAAAACUAAAAAAAAGUCGCAUACUUUUUUUUGAAGAUUAGCUGAGACUAACUGUAUAGAAAAAAAUUUUUUUCAUUCAAACUCCAUAAGAAAUUUUUGACGUAGAAAGGAAAAAAAGAAGAGAGUUUUUGAGACGUUAUUCGAUAAAAAUUCAGUGGGCGUAAAAAAAAAUCCUUCUCAGGUUCAGUAUUGAAGUUGAGUCAGAGUUUCAAAGCAUUUUUGUGAUAAUUUUCAAUUUUUUCUAGGUACGAGUCCGUUCCAAUAGAUCUAGAAAUCAAUGAAGACUAUAUUCCUGCCGAUCAGGCCAGAAAUCGUGCGUGCCUUGGUUUGUUCACAUUUUUAGUGGUAUUUUCGGAAUUUAAUGUCUGGUAUAGUCGUCAAAGUUUCAACCGAUUGAACUUUUUUGGUUUCAAUGAAACGGUUGAUUUCAAACCGAACUUUUUGACGUAGGACCGGUUGAAAAUCAACUGUUUUACGUGGUUUCAUGUUUUUUACUUGUUUGAAAAAAAUAUUGAACGGUUGAAAUUGACGAGUAUAAUUUGACAAAAUUGACUUUUUUUGAAAUUGUAAUUGAAAUCGACGAGUAUUUCAAGGAUUUGAUUUCAACUUGGCUUUACAUCAAAAAAGGGUCUUUUAGACGAAGUAUGUUAUUUUUUGUGUAGGCUUUUUUGAAAUUAUCUCAUUUCAUCACGUCGACUGGUCGGUCUCAUUGCCGCUCUCGCAUGGGAUAAUAUUCCGACGCCCGUCAGCCCUGGACAAGCUGGGCGCUGUACUGUUCCAUUAUGGUGAAGCAGUUCAUUCGCUGGUACUACCCGCGGUCCCACAUUGUUUCCCAACGCUAGCUGUCACUCCGGGACGUAUUGGACAACGAUUGUGGACCGUAACCCGCGCCGACGACUAACUCUUCGAUUAUACCAUGAUUCAGCAGAGAUUUUCUUCAUCUUACUCUGAAGACUGAAUAAAUUGAAUUGAAAUUGAAUUUUUUGAAAACCCGGGAUAGAAUUUUUGAAGAAACGGAAGAAAACAUGUAUCUAUUCCAGAAAUAGUCACAUUCGGCGUGAUCGCGCUCUUCUUGUUCCUAAUUUACUUCGCCCUGAUGAGCGCGACGAUCGGUAACCGGUACCACUAUUUCAAAGUUUGGCAGAGGAAAAACGCGGUGAGUCGAAACUGAGGACGAGGCUCGAUUUCUGCAGUUUUCCAGGUGGUUUUCGUUGUCGAUCGACUGGACGCCGAACGAUCCAUGCACUACAACGGGAGGCAUAUCGAGGCUCCGCGAGGCCUGACUCGCAAAGUGCAGAACGCUUGGGUGAAGAAUCCUUUCUUAAUAGAGAAAAUUCUCCUUUUUUGAUUUUUCCAAAAGAUGGCUUUUUUCAAGUCGGAUAUCAAGCUUAUUUUUACGACAAAAGUCAUGUUUUUGCUCAUUUUUUCGUAUAAAGGCUAUGACUUAACAAGUAAUAAUAGUUUCUCCGUGAAAAUUUUUUAAAUGAAUCCUGAAGUUUUGAAGCCUGGCAUGGCCGAAUCCCGCGCGAACAUUCUCUCAAAAAUGAGGCCCAAAGCCCGUUCCUAGAGCCGAGCCUAACCGACAGAGAAAGUCAUAUUGAAAAACCAACCUAAUAGCUUGCAACGAUCGAUUUUUUGAGAACUCGAUAAGAUCCGGAGGGGAAGGAUCUCCGGUGAGAUACCCAGAAGUGCAGCUGAUCGAGCCCGUCCUCGGCAUCAAUCCCCAGCUUAUCGCCGCCUUCAACCAGACGGCCGCCGACAGCGAAAAUACGCACAAUGACGAUACCGCCAGGAAUGCGAUGCCUUUCGCCGUUUCUCGGCCUUCCGAGGUCGGUCCAUCCUUCACUUCUCAUAGGUUGAUUAAGAAUAUUCCAUCUUUUGAAUAAUUUCCCACAUCUUUUUCUAGAUAUUUUAGCUGAAUAAACUCAUGUAUAUCAAGUUAUUUUACAAAAGGCUGAUUUUAGGUUCUUGUCGACUUGUAUCCGAAAUUGAUCCGUUUGAAGAUCAACAGAAAGUUUCAGACCACACCGAAAUCAUAUCUGUGUUGGAAAACUUCUGUUGAAACCUUUAUCCUUUCUGUAACUCUUUGUAAAGCGUUUUUUUUCCACAGCGCUCCAGUUUUUAUCAUCACAUCGAUCCAUUAGGGCUCUGAUGACUCAUCAAUGCGCGUUUCAAACAACAAAAGUUCCUUCCAGCAAAUCGUCCGUUUGGAGACGUUCAGCAGUCCGCGCGGCAACUUCUACGGCGAACCGUUCCGUUCGACGGCCGCCUCUCCGCCUCAGAUGCCCGAGGACUUGUUCGCCGACGUCGACCUUGCCUCCCCCGAGUCUUUCCUCGCCCCUCGGCACGGAAGUUGGUGCUGACCUCAGUGCUCCGAAAUGGACGAACGUUUGAGAAUCGCCGUCCGUGCACUCGGUGACCUCGUUCCACGCAGGCGUCGGCUCCAGAAUGUGCUCGACGCCGCGACACGACGCCUUCACGCGAAUCGUACCGCAGGGCCGCAACUUCAACGUCUGCUACUCCAAUUCGAAUCGGGUUCAUUUUUUUUUCUCAUCGGACAGGUUUUGGAUAUAGCGCAUUUUCCGUUAGAAAAAAAACUUUGAUUCUUCAUUCAUUACCUCAACAUCUUUUUUGGUAGAAUAAUUUUAGUGAUUGGUUAUGAAAAGAACAAUAACAUCUGAAAACUUCUUCAAAUUUUGACUGAAACUUUUUUUUAAUUUACUUGUCGCAACGUGCAAAACUGGUAGUUUUUUUCUGAGGCUAAAUACUUGAAUUUUAAAUUUCCUUUUCUUGAAAUAGAAAAAAAGUUCGGCAGGUUGAGGUUUUCCAGGAUCAUUCUCAAAUACAUCACAGAGUUUUGGAGCCACACUUCAGUAGUUAUAAAAUAGUAUUAAAAGUGUCAACCUUCGAAAAAAAUGAUGUAUAAAAAAAUUUAGUAAAAAAACCGUUAUCCAUUAUUAAUUUUUCAACAUUUCAGAGCCCAAAAAAAUCACCCGCUAAUAUAAUCGUACGAGAAAAAGUUGAAAAAAACAUUAUAUUGCGUGUGAAAAUUUUUCAGGGAAACGUUCGUUGUCCCCAACUUAAUCAAUUGCUUUCUCUUUUUUUCAUUUUGUAUUACUUUUUUUCGUGUUAAGAAAAAUAAAGAUAUAAUAUUUUUUUAACUAGAACCAAACAAAGUUGAUUGAUAGUAAAUUUUUCCUUAGCGUUAGAGGUCAUGGAAUUUUUUUGAGAACUAAUUUUACAUUAUUCAGAGAAUUAAAUCAAAGUACUAAACGAGAGUUAUUAGAAUCGCAGCAAAAGGUCCUUCAAUUUCAGCAAAAAAGGGUUUUUGAACUUUUUUUCUGUUUUUUACCAGCCAAACCGCUCUUCUCGUCAAGAAAAAACCGUUCCGAAAUCAAGAGUUUGAUGUUUGUUUUGAGGUCGUCGAAGACUCGGCAGCUCAAGAGCCUCAGAGGCCAUCUUGA